AUGGCCAUCCAAUACCUCAUUCUUCUCUCCCGUCAGGGCAAAGUGCGUCUGGCAAAAUGGUUUACCACGUUGUCGCCUAAGGAGAAGGCCAAGAUUGUCAAGGACGUCUCCCAGCUGGUUCUGGCUCGCAGAACUCGCAUGUGCAAUUUCUUAGAGUACAAGGACUCAAAGAUCGUAUACCGCCGAUAUGCCUCGCUCUUCUUCAUUGCCGGUGCCGCCUCCGAAGACAACGAGCUGAUCACCCUCGAGAUCAUCCACCGCUACGUCGAGCAGAUGGACAAGUACUACGGAAAUGUGUGCGAGCUUGAUAUCAUCUUCUCAUUCACGAAAGCAUACUACAUCCUGGACGAGCUGUUAUUGGCGGGAGAACUGCAGGAGAGCAGUAAAAAGAACGUGCUACGGUGUAUAUCGCAGCAAGACUCGCUCGAGGAUAUGGAGUAUCUACCACUCCAAGAUUUCGACGCCGUCACUGGCGCUCUGAACUUCAACACCCCCGACUGCAAUGUUACCGGCGGAUGCGAUUUGUACACGACGAAAUCGACCGGUUCCGAUAAGAAGCUCUACAAGAACAUCGACAAGGACCUGAGCUCACAACAUGCUGCGCUCCUUAAGCUUGGCGCCAGCCUGUCACCGCCAGACCGCGAAGCGAUGUUGGCUACGUCACCAAACAUGCAAAUGUUCUCGCACUCAAGCGCGUUCGGCCCCUUAUCCGAGCUGUCAAGUCGUCGCACAUUCGCUUAUCUGAUCGCGACUUUGAAUGCGAGUCACCAACAUUACGACUUCUCGCACGUCCUGAGACCAGGCGACUUUAAGCGUGAGAGAAACUUGCGACGCGUCAUGGGAAAUCUCGACUCGAUUCUGCAGAAUGUGAGACCGCAUGUCGAGGCACGCCCGGUCGAGCAGGCCACAUCUUCCGAGACCAAGGCGGUCUGGGGCCCACAAUGUUGGGCCAAGAUCGAUAAAGAAAUGCGCCUCAACGAAUGCACAGUUUUCAGCUACAACCCGGAUGUCGACCCCUUUGAGGAGGACGAAUCAGCCAUAUGGGCAGCGCACUACUUCUUCUUCAACCGCGCCUUGAAGCGUGUGGCUUAUCUCUACGUGCGCGUCGUCCCUGUCGUCUCAUCACAAUCACCUCGUUUGCAACCAGCGCUUCCGGGAUCUGUGAAGCGCCCGCGGAGUACCCAAUUCGAUGCGCUCAGUGCAAACAAGCGCGCCAAGUACUGGCUUGGUGAUCGCGAUGCUGAGGUUGUCGCUCCUUAUGAGGACGACGAGGAACAAAGCGACGGCUUUCUCUGGAACCGAGGAGCCGACGGCGAUCUGGUCCCCUUCUCAGACGACGACUACACUGACGAACGUUUCUACUACGACGAGGAAGAGGACGAUGACAGUGUGUCGGACCGGAAGAGCCCGGUUCGGCGCAUGAGUGAGGACGUCGUGGCCCACAUGGAGAUCUAA